ACCAUUGGAAGUUAAUGGUUCAAUCACAUUUAAUCUUUUUGGAAUGUCAAGGGAUUCUUGCAUGAAAUUCUUGGAUUAGCCUAAAUCAGCUGUCCAAAAUUUGUGUAAAUCUGUUUUCAUAAGGCUGCCUAAAGUAAUUUAUGAAGGGGAAAUGUUGAACCAUGGAUGGGUUCCAUGACUUGGAAGAAAGGUUUAGUUAUGUGUUGAUAUCCUAUAGAGAAAGGUUUGGUUUUAAAUUUUAAAUCUGAAGCUUAAAUAUUAGUUCAGAAAAGCAGACAUAGAUUAUACCAACAGAUUUUUCAACAUUAUUAAUCUUAUGUAAUUCAGGUCUUACAGACUGUCUUGGAGAAUUGGGAACAUAAUAGUCACUGAUAUGUGACAGCUUGAAUUCAUUUUUCAGAAUUAAAACAUUUUGAAUAUGGAUGAUUUUGAAAAUCCCUAUUUAACUAUGUGAGGAUGUCCUUUUCAGGUGGCUAGCCACCUGCACUAUCCUGUCCCAUUAUAAAGGAAGUCAAGGAAGUUGCUUAGAGACCAUAGAAUUGUGUAAUGCUAUCCUGUCCCAUUAUGAAGGAAAUCAAGGAAGUUGCUUAGAGACCAUAGAUUUGUAUAAUAAGAAUUUCAUCUAGGCAAUAGAAACCAUGUUAUCCCUAGGUUAACCCAGGUUAACCCAUACCUAGUGACCAGACAGAGGUUUCCAACUGCAAUCAGUAAUUAUAAAACAAGUACAACUGGCAUAAUUUAGGAAUGAGCCUAAUUAUUGCAUGUUGGGGCUUUGGGAGAAAGUUGGGAGUUGCUGAACUGCUGUCGUCUAAAACUUGCCACUUGGGAAAGGUUGAGUUCCUGGCAGCUUACCUCAAGAGGUGCUGUUAGUGAGUAGCAGUCGGUACCCAGACCAGUGGAUUGUCCCAGGAGGAGGAAUGGAGCCCGAGGAGGAACCUGGCGGGGCUGCCGUGAGGGAAGUUUAUGAGGAGGCUGGAGUUAAAGGAAAAUUAGGAAGACUCCUGGGCAUAUUUGAGCAGAACCAAGACCGAAAGCACAGAACAUACGUGUAUGUUCUUACAGUCACUGAAAUAUUAGAAGAUUGGGAAGAUUCUGUUAAUAUCGGAAGGAAGAGAGAAUGGUUCAAAGUAGAAGAUGCAAUCAAAAUUCUCCAGUGUCACAAACCUGUACAUGCAGAGUAUCUGGAAAAGCUAAAGCUGGGCUGUUCCCCAACCAAUGGCAAUUCCAUGGUCCCUUCCCUUCCAGAUAGCAAUGCCUUGUUUGUAACUGCUGCACAGACCUCGGGGUUGCCAUCCAGCAUAAGAUAGAAAGAACCGGGAAGACGUCUCCCAUGUGCAGUCUCAUGGGGAGAGGCUUCUUUGUUUUCUUCUGUGAACAUCUGAAUGACGCUUGCAAACUGUCUGAAUUUGCCAUGCAAGGUUUUCAAACAAUUUGCAUGUUUUUCAGAUGAUUUCAAAUCUUCUUUUAAAAAAUAGUGUAAAAUAUUUUAAUAAGCCAAAGCCACGUGGAAUUUUUUUUUAGAUGCCUUAACUGAGCCCCCCUCCCCCCCCAAUGUUGUUUUGGUUGUUUUUUUCACAGCAUUUUAUCAGUUUUUUUGUCUUUUUGAUAUCAGCCUGGUUUGUCAGAUCAAAUUAUUUGUAGGUAUAUUUUCUUUCCCCUCAAAUUUUCUCAUUCACAGUAUUAACAUUCAACAAAUCCUUCUAUGGUGGGAAUUAAUGAAAAAUAUUCUUGAUAUUAAGGGAAUCCAUUCAUCCCCAAACAUGAUUUAUAUGAUCACAAUUUUAAUUCCUAAAUCACAGAUUUGGGCUAUUUAUGUAUGAUCCAGUAACUAUUUUGACAAAGGAUUUAAUUUGCUAUUUUUGGGAAUUUGUCAACUCAUUUGUCUGAAUUUUCACAAAUAGUAUUAUGUCACUAGCUACAUGAUGAUGGCUAUUGCCCCUGUAGCUCUACAGAGUUGGUGAAUUUUGGGGGGAAAUAUUGUUAGCAAAAUGCAUGUAGUGAAUACACCUUACCAUGAACAUUGUAUCGACGGAAUUAGCAUGCUCAGUUGCCAGGUCCCCCGUUAUCUUUAAUCUCUUUACACAGAAUACCUUAGAACCAUAUUUCCCUCAAUGUAAAUUGCUUUUAAAACAUAUUUGCAGUUUUUAAAUUUAGCGACACCUCUAGAGUUAAAGUCCCAUGUUUACCGGUAACCACAGGAGUGGAGUCUAACCUUAAAUGCCAGUCAAAGAUGACUGCAGCACAGUUGAGUACAAUGGCCUUCUUGCUGUUCAGCUGUUACAGAUGUAAGAUUGUUAGGGCACCUUAGAAUGUCUCAUCUCUUCUAGGUUGUCAAUAGGUACUAUUUAUCACAUAACUAACUUUUGGGGCAUUGGAAUUAUACCUAAUCUAAGAAUUAUUUUGUCUUAUACUUGGCUUUAUACUCACUUAAAAUCAAGAAUCCCAUCUAAAACACAUAGGUACCUUGUCUGAAACUCCUACUUCCCCAGUGAGGUGGGUGGAAAAACCUUUGACUGAGAUGUGGGGUUAGGGAGAGUGAAGGAUCAUUUUUUGUGUAGACUUUAGCCUUUUGUAAAUAUUGUAACUGGUGAGUAUAAAGUAGAAAAUAAGUAUAAUUAAAACAUUUGUUCUACAAAUUGUUAACCUUUAAAAAUAUAAUUGCUGCUAAAAAUAGAGUGCUGUUACACUUAAGGAAAAUUGGUGCCAUUUUGGAAAUGAGAUCUUGUGCCAUAAGUGCAGCUGAGCUAAAUAUAAAUGUUAGUGCACAAAUUAAUGCUGUCAAAGGAAUGGGUAAAGUAGAAAACCUUUUAAACCAGUGACAUUUCAUUCUAAAUUAUGUAGUGUGAUCAAACAUGAUCAUCCAGAAUUUUUGUAUUUUUCUUUGUACAGAAGUUAUGUAUUCUGGGUGUUUUUUAAAAAGGAAACAUUUUAAAUCCCACAAAUUGACACUUUCUAUCUUCAAUGGAGUAAGAUUUUUUUGUCAGUAAUCUCUGAAAUUUCUUUAAAUUAUAUACUUAACACAGCAGAGAAACUGGAUUGUUUUUGUAUAUAAGACUGCUUCCACCUGAAAUGCUGUCACAGGAACUGGUGGGGGGGAGGGGUUAUCUUGUACAUGAUAUUCUUAGAGGUAAUAAUGCAUGAACUUAUUUUAUAAAAUCUUGGACUAUGUAUUUGACAUGUAAAAUAUGUACAGUAUUAAUGUCAACCAUCUCGUAAAAGUUAGCCUAUAAAUAUUGUAUAAUUUUCUUUGGUCAGAAACAUUUGGACUGAAUAGUGCCACUUGGGUCAGGAUUUAAUUCAGUGCCAUUUAGCAAACCAACUGUCUUUAGUCUAUGCAACUAGCAAAAAUUUGUAUAAUGCAACAGAACAGUUUCCACACUUCACAUUUUCAUGUGAGGGGUUCUUCACUAUUCUUCUGGAACCCAGUCUAACAAAAUUAUAGAGGAGAGACCCUAAGGAGAUUUCUGUUAAGAGAAAAAGCCAAUAUUACCAGGCUCUAAAUAGUUGAAUCUACUAAAGAUAACAAAUAGUGUCUACUAUCUCAACCCUCCAAAGUUUGCAGAGUGUUGGGACUGUCAUAUGUGAUUUUUUUUUUUUUGGUGGGGUAGUUGAAUAAAAUUGGGCAGCUAAAUUUUUCAGUUCCAUGUGCCUCCUAAAUAAAAAAAGAAAAUAAGUUGUUAUUGUGAAUUGACUAGCAGACAAAGUAGAAACUGUCUUGCAUGUUGUUUUUUGUAAAGAGAUGACAUUUUCCAACCAGGCAGAUGCCAUCCAAUGUUGUCGUUCACACCGUUGUAUAAAGCAGCAGAACCUAAGGGGAAAAAUUAUUGUUGUACACACACUGAAUUGCUUUGCAUGGUCUCAUUUGAGAUAAUUGGUGUAAGAAUCUUGACUUUUUUUAUAUUUGGAAAUAUCAAAUAAAAAUUGAAAUAAAUGA